AUGUCGGCUCCGCUGGAAGUGAUUCUGAGCAGCGACGCCGGCUCUCAGCUUUGGAACGUGUCGGUGUUCGACGUGCACAGCGGCUCCAGCCUGCUCUCCUACCGCGGCGGAAACAGUUCGGCCAGGACGCUUUGCCUCCUCGACGGACAGUACCUGCUCUCCGCGCAGCUGGCCAAGAACUUCAUCAACGUGUGGGAGAUCCACAGAAAGGAGCAGCUUCAACAGAAGAUCGUCUGCCCGGGCGCUGUGACGUGCCUCGCCGCCUCGGCCGACGGAAUCUUUUUGGCGGCCGGAGUGGCCGAGGCCGUUUAUCUGUGGGAGGUGUCCACGGGCAAGCUGCUGUGCGCGCUCACUCGUCACUACCAGGACGUCACCUGCGUCCGGUUCACCGACGACGGCAGCCAUUUUGUUUCCGGAGGGAAAGACGGCGCGGUUCUGGUGUGGAGCCUCGCCAGCGUGAUCCAGGUGGACGUAAGCCACGCCCCCGAACCCCGACACGUCCUGUCCGGUCACUCUUUGCCGGUCACUGACCUCCACUGCGGUGCCAUGGGAGCUCAAGGCCGAGUGGCCAGCGCGUCCUUGGACCAAACCGUCAAGCUUUGGGAGGUGUCUUCCGGUGAGCUUCUCCUGUCGGUCGUCUUUGAUGUGGAAAUCACCUCCGUGACGCUGGACCCCUGCGAGUACUUCCUGUUCUGCGGCGGCGGCGACGGCAACAUCUUCCAGGUGUCUCUUUGCGCUCAGGGCGCGGCGUCCGCCGACAAGUUGUUCCAGUGCGACGCCGAUGACAAGCGGACCUUCAAAGGUCACAGGAAGAUGGUCACCUGCCUGUCCGUGUCCAUGGACGGGACGCUCCUGGUGUCGGGAUCGCACGACGAGUCGGUGCGACUUUGGGACGUUCAGAGCAAGCAGUGCGUCCGUUGUUUCGCGCACAAAGGACCGGUGACCAACGCCGUCAUCACGGUGGCCCCGGCCAACAUGUUCCUUCCGGAUUCGCGACCCUCCGUCCCCCUGCCGCGCUUCAGCCGCCACCAGCUGGAGAGCGACGGCAACGGGCCCUCGGGAGACGUUUGCGCCCGCCCCGGACUCCGUGCCCAGGAGGAGGAACCGACGUAUUUGCGGAAAGCCCUCCGACUGGAUUCCUUAACAGACGCCGUGACCGACAAGUGGUUUCACGGUGACGGGGAGAACGCCAAAGCGCGAGUGGCCGAGCUGGAGGAGGAAGUUCAAACGCUGAAGAAAGUCAACAAAGAUUUGUACGACUUCUCCGCUCAGCUGCUGACAAAAUCCACGUGA